GAUCUUCCGUAUAUAUAAGCUACGGCGACGAGCGAACGAUAAGAUUUAGUCAGUUGAUCGUUUCAAUCGCGAAUGUGGAUCUCUCGUGGAUCUUGUGCUAGUGUUUUUCUCAACUGCGGUAAUCGGUCUUACUCAAGGGGUUGUGACGAACGGUUUUAUUGCGUAGCUGUUAAAUCACACAUCGCAUCAUACACAUCAGGAGAGAUGUGGGCCUACUUUGCCUUUCUAGCUGUUAUCUAUGUUAUAUACGCAUUGAAGAAUUACGUCAGAAUCCUCAGAUUUAUUUUCACUCUCGAUGGACCGAAGACAGUACCCAUUCUUGGCAAUAUAAACACCCUUCUCGAAGGAAAUCUGAUUCAAAGAAUGACAGACGAGGCGCAGAAUUAUGGUCGCGUUAUCCGGAUAUGGAUGACAUUUCUGCCAUACGUUGUGCUCAUCGAACCGGAGGAUAUCCAGAUAGUACUUAGUAAUAUGAAACACACAGAAAAGACGUCCUUUUACAAGCUGCUCAACAAUUUUCUGGGUAAAGGUUUGAUUACGCGAAAUGUCGACAAAUGGAAGGUACAUCGAAGAAUCUUGCAACCGGCCUUCCAUCGCCACAUGUUAGAAAGAUUCAUCGGAACGUUCAGCGAGUGCGCCGAUCGUCUGGUUGACAAAUUGCUCGAGAAGGACGGAGAGGAUAUAAACGUCACCAUGUUCGUUAACAACUCGGUCUAUGAUAUAUUAAGAGAGACGAUUUUGGGCAUGCCGGCAAGUCAAAGAUACAACGACGACGAGGAUGAUACGCCAUUUAGAAAGGGCCAAGUUAUGGUGCCGUACAGAUUUGCACGACCGUGGUUACUGAUCGACUGGAUUUAUCGAUUGACAGCAGCUGGGAAAUCGGAAGAACAACAGCAAAAGAAUUUAUUCGACUUUUGCUUCAGAAAAAUGGAGGAAAUGCGCGAAUUUCUACAAAAGAACGGCUCUCUUAUAUCUAAUAACAGUGCAACUAGAAAAAUAUCUCUACUUGAAUACAUGAUUGAGAUCAACAAGAAGAAUCCUCAAUUCACCAAGCGAGAUAUCAUUGAAGAAUGUUGCACUUUUAUGUUGGCCGGCCAGGACUCUGUAGGCACCGCCACCGCGAUGACACUUUUUCUUUUAGCCAAUAAUCCUAAAUGGCAGGAGAGAUGUGUCAAGGAAUUUAACGAAAUUUUUGGUAAAGAUAAAAGAUCACCAACUAUCCAGGAUCUUACGGAGAUGAAAUGUUUGGAUAUGUGCAUCAAGGAAUCCUUGAGAUUGUAUCCUAGCGUGCCAGUGUUCGCCAGAACACUCGGAGAGGAUGUGAAACUAGGAGAGCACGUAGUACCGGCCGGUUGUGAUGUAUUUAUAGUACCAUACUGUACGCACCGCUUGCCUCAUCAUUUUCCUGAUCCUCAUGAUUUUAAACCGGAGCGUUUCAGCCCUGAAAACUCGGAAGAAAGACAUCCAUAUGCUUACAUACCGUUUAGCGCCGGACCUCGCAACUGUAUUGGAUACAAGUUUGCCACGCUCGAGAUUAAAUCAGUCAUUAGCGCUAUUCUGAGGAAAUAUCAGUUAGAACCGAUUCUCGGCAAAGAGAAAGUGAUAGCCAAAUUUCGAAUGACGAUUAGAGCACAUGGUGGACUUUGGGUUAAAGUGAGAGCGCGCGAUAAACAAUAAUACGAAUCGAAGUAAUUGGAUUAAUAAAGUGUUCUCAUUCUUGCAAAUAACUAUUAUAAUAAUAUCUUGAAGAUUAAUAAUAAUAAUUUAAUUGAAAUAAACAGCUAUUUUUGUGUCACUUCAAUAUUGAAGAAAAAUGAAAUUUGUCAAUGUAUUUAAUACUUUAUAUAAUUAGGUUAAGUGAGUACUUUGACACUAUACAGUUUAAAUUAUCUAAGAUAUUUAAAUUUCUUCGUAUAUCGUUUAAACAAAAUGUCUGAUGCAAAAUUAAGAAAAUUUGCAAAAUUUUUUAGGAAUUAAUUAUAAAAAUAUGUCAUCGCACUGUUGUACUAUAUUAGACAUCUAAUAAGUCUUAUGAGAAUCCUUUCUUUGUACAAACAAAAAAUGAAAGAAAACAAUUGUACUUCGAUACAUGCCAUAAAUAAAAUCGUCGCCUUUCAACUAUCAUUUUCCUGAGUUGAAGGACGAGUAGAUGACUGAA